AUGGCUUGGGGCCCACAGAGACGGUGGACGACGAACGCUAAAUACAGUACGUUUUUUGGGGUGGAAGACACCAAAAAGCCCUCUUUUUCGUCAAACAAGUCCACUGUUGACGAAACUACCGUGAUUGCUGUCAAAGUGUUUAGAUUCCUCAACGUAUUCAUUGUUCUUGUGGCCAUUGGCGUGCUCGUGGCUCAAUUCUGGUUCAACCACGGCUGCAUCAUCAGGUGCGACAAGUAUAAGUACAACGAGUUCCCCGGAUUUGGCAAAGUAUCGGAAUUUUUACAUACCUAUCCACUCUUUUCAAAAAUGUCGCAGACAGACCUCGAGACUAUCGCUUCCAACUUGCCUUUGCCUCAAUGGACGCAGACGCCACAAGAGAUUUUGGCUGAAGCCAAGGAGUUGAUCGCAAAGGAUAAGGCCUUCUACGACAAGAUCGCCGCCAUUGAAGAGCCCACGGUCGAAAAUGUCUUGAUUCCAUCCACCGAGUAUGAGAACGCUCAGUACUUCCCAGUGAACAAGCUCACGUUCUAUCAGUACGUAUCUCCAGACAAGGCGGUGAGAGACGCUUCGACAGAAGCAGAGAACUUGUUGGACCAGGCCUCGAUCGAGCAAAACUCCAGAGUCGACGUUUUUAAAGUGUACAACAAGUUGUGGGAGAAGAUCAAUGGCACAGAUGCCACCGACCCCGAGACCAUGAAAUUUUUGGAGAAGACCGUGAAAUUCUACAAGAGAAACGGUUUGAACUUGCCUGAGGACAAGCGGGAGGAGGUGAAGAAACUCAAAUUGAGAAGGGCGGAGUUGCAGACAAAGUUUGCCAAGAACACCAAUGAGGAAAACGGCCACUUGGAGUUCACGUUGGACGAAUUGGAAGGUGUACCUGCCAGUAUCAUCGAACAGUUUGAAAAGGCAACCGUUGAUGGCCAGGAGAAGUAUAAAGUCACCUUCAAGUACCCAGAUAUCUUGCCAGUGUUGAAGUACGCGAAGAAGGAAUCUACUAGAAAAUUAGCUUACAUCGAGAACCAGAACAAAGUGCCAGAAAAUGCUGCAAUUUUGAAGGAGAUCAUCGAGCUCAGAUACCACCUCGCCAAGCUUCUUGGAUACGACACCUACUCUGAGUUUGUUCUUGAAGAGAGAAUGGCAAAAAAUCAGCAGAAUGUGUUGGACUUCUUAGCUGAUUUGAAGGAAAGGUUGAGUCCUUUGGGAGAGCAGGAAUUACAGAAGAUGAAGGCUUUCAAAAAGGAAUACUUGAAGGCCAACGGGUUGCCAGACCAAGAUGAGUAUUACGCUUGGGAUCACAGCUUCUACAACAAUUUACUCUUGGAGCAGGAGCAUCAAGUUGAUCACCAAAAAAUCUCGGAGUACUUCCCCUUGGACAAGACAAUCUCCAACAUGCUUGGCUUCUACGAAUCUUUGUUUGAUGUCAAGUUUGUCAAGGUGGACAACUCUAAGUCAGACACAGUUUGGCACCCAGAUGUUCAUAAGUUUGCAUUGUUCUCCAAUAUAAAGUAUGGUGAGCCCAAAAAUGAGUUCAGAGGCUGGAUUUUCUUCGAUCUCCAUCCCAGGGAAGGUAAGUAUACCCACGCUGCUCAAUUCGGGCUCCGAGCUGGUUACGAGAAGCCAGAUGGGACCAGGGAAACCCCGUUUGCGGCUUUGGUGUGCAACUUCACAAAACCAAAGAAAGACAAGCCUUCUUUGUUAAAACAUGACGAGGUUACUACAUUUUUCCACGAAUUGGGACACGGCGUUCACAGUUUGUUGUCGAGGACCAAGCACACUAGAUUCCACGGAACUCACGUUCCAAGAGACUUUGUUGAAUGUCCUUCGCAAAUGCUUGAAUUCUGGACGUGGUCUCCUAAUGAGCUCAAGGUCUUAUCCUCGCACUACGAGACUGGGGAGCCUCUCGCCGAUGACUUGCUUGACAAAUUGAUCAAGUCAAAGCACGUAAACACAGGUUUAGCCAAUUUACGUCAAAUGCACUUUGCCCUCUUCGAUAUGAAGCUCCACACCAUUGCCGACGAGAAAGAUCUCGACGCAGUGGAUCUCGACAAGUUGUGGAACGAGUUAAGAGAGGAAUUGACCUUCAUUAGCAACGGAGGCAUCACAAGUAGAGGUUACGCUACCUUUGGUCACAUCGCAGGAGGCUACGAGAGUGGUUACUACGGAUACUUGUAUUCGCAAGUUUUCGCAACCGAUAUCUACUACACUCAUUUCAAAGCCGAUCCAAUGAACGUGGAGAAGGGCUUACAGUACAGAGAUACCAUCCUUAAGAAUGGUGGUUCUAAGGAAGUGCUAGACAUCUUGAAGGAAUUGCUCGGAAGAGAGCCUAACUCAGAGGCUUUCAUGAAAGAGAUUCUAGGUGAGGCUUAA